UAAGCACUUGAUUCAAUGUCUAAACUACCACCGAACUUUGCCAGAAGAUUUUAUGAAUUGAGUUCUAGAAAUCAACCACGUGCCUAACUGAGCCGCGAUAAUUAUCCGGGGUUGACAACCACCUUCCAGAUACAGGUUGAUGAGCGAUUUAAGAGUAUAUAUUACAUCUCAGAUCCACCAUCAAGACCCAAUUCGCAUCGCCUUGUCGUCAGACAUUUUUCAUAUUGACUAAGACAUCACAUCCUUGAGCCACAGUAUAGAACCAAAUCAUGACAGAUAGAACAGUGCCAAUGCAAGUAUUGUGUCUAGGCAUGUGCCGUACGGGAACUCAAUUCCCAUCUACCACAUGAGGGAGGUAAUGAAGAUGGGACAUCAGAAAUACUGGCUUCCUCUGCUCGAGAAGAAGAUCGCCAAUGAACCGAUAACAAAGGAGGAGUUGGACGAAUUCUUGGGAGAUUUUGCUGGCGUGUCUGAUAUCCCCGCAGCCAUCUUCGCUCCAGAGUUCAUGGAUGCAUAUCCAGAGGCAAAGAUCGUGCUCACUACUCGCGAUGAGGAGAAAUGGUUUGAGAGCAUGAAAGCCACUAUCUGGCACGCCAAAAACUCUCCGUUCGGACAGACAAUGAGUGACUACUUGUGGGGCAAUGAUCGUGAGGGAGAAGGGAAAAUGAGGUUUUUAAGACAUAAUGAAAAGGUCAGAAGUGCGGCAAAGGAGAGAGGGAGAGAGGUGUUGGAGUUCGAGGUUAAGGAGGGGUGGAAACCGCUUUGUAGUUUUCUUGGGCCGGAAGAGCGGAACAGGGAGUUUCCGAGGAGUGAUGACUGGGCCGCGUACAAGAAGGAGACCCAAGGGAAGGAAAGCAGUCAGCAAUAGUGUAAAGAAGUAAAGUGGACUCUGAUGGCAAGCGGCGUUGCUAAAAGGUGUAGCAUUUGCAGUAUAUUUCAC